GCGCCAAAGAAGGAUAAAGUUCCACCGCCGUCAUCGAAGCCGGCGAAAUCCGGAGGUGGAAAACAGAAGAAGAAGAAGUGGAGCAAGGGAAAGCAAAAGGAGAAGGUGAACAACAUGGUGUUGUUCGAUCAGGCUACCUAUGACAAGCUUCUCACUGAGGCACCCAAGUUCAAGCUCAUCACUCCUUCCAUUCUCUCUGACCGCAUGAGGAUUAGCGGAUCACUGGCUAGGAGGGCGAUUAGGGAGCUGAUGGCGAAAGGUUUGAUCAGGAUGGUCGCUGCUCACUCGAGCCAGCAGAUCUACACUCGUGCCACCAACACCUAA